AUGGCAACGAGCGUUGUGCUACCUCUGGAAUCCCGAGUGCAAGAGUGGCAUGAUACCGAACCAAACGCACCGCGCCGUCAAACCAUAGCGGAAUCAUCAAGCCGACUGCCGGGCUCAAUGGCUCAGCCACCGACAGGAGAGUCCCUUUCAGCAGAACAACAACUGCAACAACAAAGUCUGCCAUCCUUCAGUUCACUACUGGCCGGAGCCAGCAAUCCCAAUCAUUUUGGCCAGCCCCGUCCAGGAGAGGUGAGAAGGGAACAAGCAUUGCCUAGCAGUGUCUCCACUGGCAAAUAUGCCCCUCAACAAAACAGCUUCAAACCUUCCGAUGUGCAUCCAUCCACCAUGUCUCAAUCCUCACACGCCCAGUCUGAUACCAUGAAUAGUCCCUCUUGGUCCUACUCAACCACGAGUUAUUCGGAAAAUAAACCUGCCGCACCUGAUCCUCGUGCAACACAUGCAACUGUCGAUCAUGCCCCUGGUCGGGCGUCUGCCGAAAAAGAAACUCCUGACGGGUCAGGUAGUUGCCACGCCAAUGAGGACGUUACCAUUUAUUCCCAAAAUCCGGAUGAUGAUGGUCUCAACACCAUGUGGAGCUCCUCCAAAGCAAGCAAACUCAAGAAGCGCACCGGGCAGGCGUGCGAUGGCUGCCGGGAGAGGAAGAUGAGGUGUGACUUUAAAUCUCCCAAAUGCACAAUGUGCAAGAAUAUCGACCGUGAUUGCACGUUUGGGUCAGCGCCACGUGCUACUAUGCGACAUUCAGCUUACCCGAUGUCGAUGCCUUCGACUUCGAGGUUUGCGAGCACGAACCAGGACCAGGGCAAUACCCUUCAAAGAGGGUCGACAACUGCCAUAGAUUUGGCCUCUCAAGAGCGUGGCUACUCACAAGCCACGCCGAGAGCCUCCAUGUCGCUAGAGAAUAUGCUUUAUCCAGCCUCCGAUCAACCGACGAACCAUGAGGAUCGGUCAGACAGCCAACCACCAGCAAAGAGACCCCGUGUUUCGCCAUCUCCUCGUCCUAGAUCCCAAGGCCAGAUGUCCGCGAGUUCGGGUACAGAAUCUGUUGGAGGGUUGAUCUCCUCGCCAUCAGUCAUCUCCAACUUCUCUUGGGACAAGGACCCCUAUGAUCUGAGCCGCAGUUUGACCCUCGACUAUGUGCAAAGGUAUUUCGAGCACGUUGACGGUGUAACAUAUCACAUUCUCCCAAAGGCCCUUUUCAAACAAUGGAUUCGCCAGUGCCGCACCAAAUCACCGGCUGAUAAGAUGUUGCUCUAUGCCAUUCUGGCAAUGGGAACCGUCUUUACAUCCUCACAAUCACAAUCUAAACACCACCAAGACGCGUUUCUCGAGAUUGUCCACAAAGCCAUGAUAGAAAACGGCGACAUGUUCAGCUUGCAGCUGAUUCAGACCAGGCUGAUCCUGGCUCUCUUCGCAUUUUCUCAAGGCCAGUACAACCGGGCGAGUGAUUAUUGCGGCUCUGCUGUGCGGACUGCGUUCGGGUUGAGAUACCAUACUGAGGAGGGAGUCUCAACAAUCGGAGAUCAAGAUGCGUUGGAUUUCGGCUUGUCUCGUGAGAUGUUGGUCGAAUGCCGGCGUCGGACGUUCUGGGCUGCCUAUCUGAUGGACAGCUUUAGCCGUUGCUGGUCUGCAUCUGUCACUACUGUCAAUCGAUCUGAUUGUCGGCUACGCUUGCCAUGUGCUGAGGCGGCCUUCGAGGCCGGGAGCGUCCCUCUGGCACCGUUCACUCUUGAAUCGCCCAAGAACAACAAGGAGAGUCAACCCGAUUCACCCCACGAAUCAUCCGAAGUCGGCUCUUUUGGUUAUCUGGUGGAGAUUGCGGCGAUCUUCAGCGAGGUGAUGAGCACUGCCGGCAGGGGUAAAACGCAGUUUCCGGCGAAAGAUCGGUUGACGACGGACGCCUUCCGCCACGACAUCCAAGGUCGGCUCAAGACGUGGGAUCACGCCAUGAAGAGGCAUGUCCGCCAAGGUCGAGACGGAGUAGAGAAAGGUAGCGGCUACUACGUUCUCUAUCAUUACUCAAUCAUGAUACUGAAUCGGUACAUUAACUAUUUGGAGAUGGACCAGUUGCGGAUUAGCGUAUGUGCAAGGCAAGUACACGACCACGCCCGUGAGAUGCUGUCAACAGUACAGAAAAUAUGCGAGCAUGGCGACAACAAGCACGACUCCUCGUCUCGGUUCCUGGUGUUGAGCCCCUUCAGCGGCUUCGCCAUAACCGCCGCGUUGGAUGUCGCUACUGCGGCCGGGCCAGUGUCGACUCUGAUGGGCCCUGAGAGUCAGAUGAUGUCCUUGUUUGGCAGUGUCGUCCCGUUCCUGGAACGUUUAAUGGAUCAUUGGCACAGUGGUCGUCAACAGCAAGAGAUGGUGGACCAGAGGUUGAGGGCUCUUCUGGACGUAGCCAAGAGGGCCUCCGAAUUCAACGGAGGAUAUUACUUUGCGCACCCAAUGCAAAGUGGCACCGACUUGAGCCAAGAUGUUACCUACGGGCUUCCUCGGCGCAAAUACUUUGAGACCAUGGGGUGGGAGGAGUAUAUCCAUAGUGAAGGGGAGUUCCAACGACUGGACUAA